AUGAGUAACAUACAAGUAGAAAACGGUGAGCAUGUCACUAUAGACUACGCGGAUGAUGCUGGUGGAAGAGUGGAUGAUGUACGUAAACAGAACUAUUGUAUUUCAUCGACAACCAUUUGCUUGGCGAAGCAGGACGGUGCUGGAAGCCAUGUUGAAAAUUGGGAACGAAGUGAAAGUGAAGCAGAAUCUUUGGGCGACUUCAAAAGUCGCUUCGAGAGAUAUCGGCGAAUUUUUGAUACCUGUGAAGGUUCUCUGAACGAGCAGAAGCAGCGUGACCUUCAGCAAAGGACUAACGAAGUUGUUGUCAAAGAGUCACCUAAGUUUAGCAGAGCAAAGAGUAACGGAGUUUUUGCCGAAGAGUCACCUAAGUUGGCCAGAACAAAGAGUAACGGAGUUUUUGACAAAGUGUCACCUAAGUUGGCCAGAACAAAGAGUAACGGAGUUGUUGUCAAAGAGUCACCUAAGUUGGCCAGAGCAAAGAGUAACGGAGUUUUUGCCGAAGUUUCACCUAAGUUGAGCAGAGUAAAAAAUAACGGAGAUGUUGACAAAGUGUCACCUAAGUUGAGCAGAGCAAAAAGUAACGGAGUUGUUGACAAAGAGUCACCUAACUUGAGCAAAGAGAACGGGGUGACAAGUUCUUUCAAUAUUGUCUCUAUUGAGUUGGAACCUUCCAAAACAACGAUCACUUCCCGUCUUUUGGUUACACCGACGAUUGAUGUAAAUGAUGAACUACCAUCUAUGAGCUUCAUUGACAGUAAAUUCAACUCAAACCUUGGAAAAGAUUCAAUAGCUUCUUCAAGCACGUCGCCGAUAGUUAGCAGGUCGAAUUUUUCAUCACAGAUGCCAUCGACUUCAAUUAUAAAGGAUUCAUCUUGCUCGUCCGAGAAUUCCGGCAUCACAACCGUCAACAUACAAGCAGAACGCUAUAAAGAAAAUAUUUUCCAUAUAAAUUCGGCGGUAGAGAAUAAUCUUUCUUCGCCAUCGAAGACAAAUGUGGGGCCCACGCUGGUGUCCAUUAACCCGUACACGGCGGUGGGCAAUUCCCUCACCCUGGCGUCGACGAGGGGCGCCCCUCAGAAGCCCCACCUCCUGAGGGUUGUACACGAGGCUGUCCGGCAGCAGAGCGAGACCGGCUACCCUCAAGCUGUCAUACUCUCAGGUACGUCAGGCAGCAGAGCGAGACCGGCUACCCGCAAGCUGUCAUACUCUCAGCAGAGCGAGACCGGCUACCCUCAAGCUGUCAUACUCUCAGGUACGUCAGGCAGCAGAGUGAGACCGGCUACCCUCGGCCUCGCCAAGACUGACAUCAACUCCGAGUCCAGCAGAAUUGGCCAUUUCAUCGAGGUUCAGGUCACUGAUGGCGCUCUCUACCGAACCAAAAUCCACUGCUACUUCCUGGACCAAACGCGAGUGGUGCGUCCGCUACCACACGAGAAAAACUACCACAUCUUCUACCAGAUGUUGGCGGGGCUGACACAGGAAGAGAGAGAGCGGCUGCAGCUGGAGGGCCACACGGUGCGGUCUCUGCGGUACCUCAGCGGCGGCGACACUCGCGUCAAUGAAGCGCAGGACGCAGCCAGGUCAGACGCCGAGGUGAGGCAGGGCGUCGAGGUGGACAUGCAGGGAGGCAGCCACGAGCUCAAGGUGAGGCAGGGCGUCGAGGUGGACAUGCAGGGAGGCAGCCACGAGCUCAAGGUGAGGCAGGGCGUCGAGGUGGACAUGCAGGGAGGCAGCCACGAGCUCAAGAGCGUGGCCAGUCUCCUAGGCGUGUCGUCAGGCGCGCUCUACCGCGGCCUGGUCACGCGCACGCAUAACGCGCGUGGUCACCUCGUCAAGUCCAUGUGUGAUGCCAACAUGAGUAACCUGACUCGGGACGCGCUGGCGAAGGCGCUGUACUGCCGCACCGUAGCCACCAUCGUGCGCCGGGCCAACUCUCUCAAGAGACUCGGCUCUACCUCAGGCACCCUAUCCUCCGACAGUAACGAAAGCGUGCACCAGAAUGGCGAUGCGGCCUCUCACCACGCGUCCACUGUCGGCACCGGCGGGUCCAAGGCGUCCAAGAGCAUGAGUGUCCUGAACAGCGCCGUGAAGCACGCCACCGACGGCUUCAUCGGCAUACUUGACAUGUUCGGCUUCGAGGACCCGAAGCCUUCACACUUGGAGCACCUGUGCAUCAACUUGUGUGCUGAGACCAUGCAGCACUUCUACAACACGCACAUCUUCAAGAGCUCCGUCGAGUCCUGCAGAGAAGAGGGCAUAAGUUCCAUCGUGGAGGUGGACUACGUCGACAACGUUCCUUGUAUUGACCUCAUCUCAUCCCUGCGGACCGGCCUCUUAAGCAUGCUGGACGUGGAGUGUUCUGUAAGAGGCUCCCCAGAAAGCUACGUGCAGAAGGUGAAGCUGCAGCACAAGGGCUGCUCGCGUCUCUUUGAGCCUAAGAGCGACCUUACCAGAGCCUUCGGCAUCCAUCACUAUGCUGGUCGCGUCGUCUACGAGGCUUCUGAUUUCUUAGACACGAACCGAGACAUCAUCACGGACGACCUGGUGUGCGUGUUCCACAAGCUCACGUGCAGCUUCGGCUUCGCCACGCAUCUCUUCGGGUCUGAGAUGAAGGCGCUGUUCUCGCAGGACGCCGCCCCACGCGGCGUAUCCUUCAGGAUCUCACCCACCUCACACACGGACUUACAAAAUGGCGACGAGCCAGUCUCUACCCUGACCCAGGACUUCCACACGCGCCUGGACAACCUGUUGCGCACGCUGGUGCACGCCAAGCCUCACUUUGUGCGCUGCCUGCGCGCUAACCCUACAGAGACGCCCGGUCUCUUUGACCGUCCCACCGUCAUCAAGCAGAUACGCGCGCUACAGGUAACCCUACAUUUAACAAACGAGGGUGCCAGACAACAGCUGGAGAUGCAGCGCAUAGACACACGGCACCGCAGUGCCACGCUCAUUCAGGCACACUGGCGAGGAUGGCACACCCGGCGCCGGUGGCCCACUCUGCGCCGCAGCCUCGAGUUACGGACUCGGUCUCAGAAUGUGGUGCGACCGAGACCCCAGCCCAUAACUUGUACACCUCCACCUGAGGGGCUCGAACGAUGUGACCAUAAGACCAUCCAGCAAACUUGCGACCUCUUCGGCCUCGACUUGGAGCGCCCCCCACCCGUGCCCCCCAGUCGCUCCUACACCAUCGCGGGCAACCAGAAGCUGGGCUACCCGCAGACCAGGGUGCUCAAGAUGGCCUUCACUGAAGAUGGUGGUGGUGAUGCGGUGCUGGUGAAGGGAGACGUGGUGAUGGUGGUGGGUGCAAGUCAUCGUCGUGGUCACGUCAUGGUAGAGUACCAGGGCAUCUCCGUACACGUACCCUACCAGUACCUAGA